AUAAAAGGCCGAGGGCGAAAACGGUAGCAGCGCCCUCGCCACCUCCGUCCCCAUCCUUCACGCAUCUCGAAGGAUUCCAUCUUCCCUUUGCUUUAGGGAUCCGCUGCCGCUCUCUCGUGCGAUCGUUGUUAACGAUGAGCGACAAGAUAGUAAUAACCUACAAGCGAAAGCGUUCCUCAUCACAAUCUGAUCUUACCAAAGCCAGAAAAGUUGAUUCUUCGGAAAAGACUGAGCAGGAAAUGCUCCCAAAAGCUGAACUUGAUGCUUUCGAUGAGAGGUUUGAUCAAGUUAGCGUGAUGCCUGAUAUUGGAAAAGAAGCCGCAUCUAAGAUUGAACCACAUGAAGCCUUUUCUCGAGCGAGAUGUGAUGCAGAAAUAGUUGGAGAGUCACAACCUCCAUGUUCACAAGGUGAAUCCAUGGGGUUGACCACAACUGACACAACCAAAAACUACAUUACAGUUGAAAACGAGCAGCCAGAUUUAGCCCAAAAUGAGAUAGUGACCAGAGAGGAAACAGGAGAUAAGGUGGUUGAGGAGAGAGGUCAUGAGAACCUUGUUAAGCCUCAAAGUUCUACUCCAAAUCGUGCGGCAGUAUUGCCGGAUGAGAAUAGUGAUGGUAAGGCCAAAAAAACAGAAGGGCUGGUAAAUGUUGAUAAGGCACUGCAGGAGUUCUCUGAUGUGGAGAGGAUUGGUGUGUAUAGCGGACAGGCAUCAUACAGAAUGGCUUCUUCCUCUUUGCGCCCGGUUGGUUCAUCUGUGCAGAAUCAACUUGAUCCGGAAAGCAGAUCAAAAGGAAAACUACCGUUCUCAAAUUUAAGAUGCCCUGCACAUAAAAAGCAUCAGCUUACGGAAGCAUCAGAUACCUCUUACGUUUGUGCUAAUUCUCCGGACAUAGUAGGCCCUAAAAUUUCUCUGGAGGAUUUCCGAAACAUGCCAUCGUCAUCAUCCGGUUUGAACUUCAAAAACAGUGUUCAUCAAGAUGACAGGGGCAGGGAAAUCCAAUGGCCCGACUUUGGUGACACUGCAUCCAAAUCACAGCAUCAGCAGAUGUUUAAUGAUGCUACGCAUGCAUGGCAUAGUACACUAUCGGAUAAGCCCAGGAGGAUUUUAGCUCCAUGGUCAGAACCAGAGUUGGAUUUUCUUUGGAUUGGAGUGAGAAGACAUGGAUUAAACAAUUGGAAUGCCAUCUUAAAUGAUCCAAUCCUUUGCUUCUUGAGAUCAAGGGUGGCAAAAGACUUGGCUGAACAAUGGAGUAGAGAACAUAAAAAGCUUCUUGAUGAUACACCUUCUCAGCCAACAAGACCGUAUUCUGCACCAGCUCUCUCACCAUCUCCUUUUAUGCCGAGAUCUGCAACACACGUUUGUUAUUCUGGAAACAUUAGUUUACCGUCAGGCCUUCAAACAGAGAGAGCAGAAACAACAUUUUCCCCCAGAGGUUUAUUCAUUCAUAAUGAGAACACUCGUGGGAGCAUUCCUGUGGGAAGAACUCCUGUGAAUCAUCAUCUUGGCAGCAAUCCAGCAAGAUCUGAUUACUCAACCACAGGAAUUAGAUACCCGAGGAAUUUUGAAGCACACGACAUCAAAAAUCAGUUUGAGACAUCUACUUUACAUAGAGGAUUACUUGAAACACCCAGGCAUGAGGUGCAAUCUCCUCCAGGCAGUAGUAUUACUCUUCCUCACUGGCUCAGUGAAGCACUGAAAAGAAAUCAAGAGAGAUUAGGAUUGGCUGACCCAAGCACUGGGCGGUCUAUACUUAAGAACGAGGAGAGAAUCUAUAAUCCCAAUUUUGAGAAUUUACCUGCUCCAGAUCAUACUGUGGCUUCUCAUGGAAAUGCUGGCGGUACAAGGGUGGAUGAACCAUGGUUCCCGGAGAGAUCAUGCAUGAUUCCUGUUCGAGGCAUAACUUUUCAGGGUUUUCCAUCAGUUGAUCCAGGAUGGGAUACAAAAAGUUUUGAUUCAUCUGCACCCAGUACCUUGGGUAUGAUUAUUGGGGAAACAUCCAAGGAUGCAGUUGAUGCAGGUUUAGGUCCAAAUAAUGCAUUAGAUUGGAAUAAGAAAAGUUCUGGUUCAGUUGGACCCAGUAACUUGGGAAUGAUUCAUGAGGACACAUCCUCAGAAGACACCAUAUCAGAUGAUCAGAUAGGAAAAAACCAGACAUACAAGAAACUGGUUUGAAAUUGGCCAUUUAUACAGGUUUUCUUUUCUUUCUUAUGGGCCUCUCUAUUUCUGCUGUUUAUGCAUGGCCAUUUAUGUUUCCCUUAAUAUAUUGUUGUUGUAGAUAAUUAUCAGAUUAGGAUGCCUAUAUUCACUUAAAGCUCUUUGUCUUCCUCUUGUAGACAUGACAAUGCACUGUUUACCAAGACUUCAAUCUGCUAAGAUGCAUUAUUGUGGAACUUAUCCUAUGACUUUUGUCUUCUUUGCAUAUGUACUUUUAUACAAAGCUAUUUCUUCUAAGAAAAUUG